CCUCUUCUCGACUCAAACUCCCAGGAAGAAAGAGACGGGUGAGAAUGUCCUCCUCCCGGCCGCGAGGCAGCUUCUCUCCUACAUCUCCGCUCCUAAUUAUUUGUGGUACCACCAGCUCUUGUUUGAUUGGCAAGUCGGAACAUGAACAGCCGAGGGCAAUGUAACACCAGAAGAUGGCAGGGCAGAAGGAGCUUGGGGACCCCCUGGGGGAGGGGGCUUGGGGCGCUGAGGGGCCUGCCAGCUCUUGCUUGGCUGGCAACCGGCUCAACUUGGACGUCUAUGCAGAGGGCUGCCUUUUCUUCCUUCGGCUGUUUGAGACGCGAAGGGAAGAAGUGGAGCAGGUGGAAUUCCUGAGACUGAGCUGCAACGAGGACUGUAUUGCUUCCACCCUUAGCAUCAUUCCUGCCCUGAAGGGCCUGAAAUCUCUUGUACUCAAAGGUGGACACACCAGGGAUGAAGCUGGGGCUUGCCAGAGAGGAUUGCUCUCCUCCUUGCCCCAUGAGCUUGGAGAGUUAGCCCAGCUUGCCCACCUUGAUCUCAGCUUCAACAGCUUCACUGUGUUGCCCCCCUGUGUCACCAAGUUACUCAGCCUCAGAAGUCUCUUGAUCUGCCACAACAGCUUGCAAGAGCUGCCGGGGGACUUUGGCCAACUCAGUGAGCUGACUUUCUUCUCGGCAAUGAAGAACCAGCUCAGAGAUCUACCUCAGGGCAUUGGAAAGCUGGUAGCACUGCAGACUUUGGACCUUUCAGAAAAUGCACUGGAAUCCCUUCCAGAAGAGAUUGGGAAUCUUCGGCAUUGUAUGGAGCUGGAUCUCUCAGGAAAUCUGUUGACUGGAAUCCCUACCUCCCUUGCCAAUUUGCAGUUUCUGCAGCAGCUGCAUCUUCACAGCAAUCUCUUGGUGACAGUCCCUGCAUCCCUGGCCCACCUCCCCAACUUGUCCAGGCUUGAUCUGCAGAAUAACAGGCUACGCACCAUCUCUCCAGAGAUCCAGAGCUUGCCCUUUGUGCAUCUGCGAGGUAACCCUCUAGGAGAACCUGAGGUGCCUCUACAACCAGAGAAUUCAACUUUGGAAGAACCAAGAAGAUUGUUUAUUGAAACUGGUGAGAGCAGUUUUAUAGUGACUCCCGAUGGCUGCAGAGUUUCCUUGGCUUGUGGCAUCCAACUUUCAUUCCCCCCAGGUGCCACCACUACCUCGGUCACUAUCCACUUCCAAAAAUGCUUUCCUGAUCCUCAGUGGGUGAUGCUCAACCACCAUGAUGUCUUGCUGAGCAAAGUCCUAGAACUGCAGCCUCAUGAGACUGGCUUCAAGAAGGAAGUGCAGAUCCAGAUGCCUUAUGCUUCCCCUCAGAGCCUGAAUGAUCGUGAGAUUAUCAUUCGAACCUUCAGUGGAGGGAAGUGGAGUGAACUGGGAACCAGAGUGAAGCACAAAGAGAAGAUGCAUUUGGCCUGCUGCAGUGUUCCCCACUUCUCCUGGUUUGUGGUUGUCUCUCGCCUUGUGGAGAACGAAUGCAGAGUCCCUCAGGAGGGGGCACUACUUUUCUCAACAGUGGACCCCAACAUCAAAGUGACCUUCCCUCCUGGCGCGACAGAGGAGACGAGGACGGUGAAACUCCAGGUGUUGCCAGUGUCCACAGAAGAGCUCCAAGAGAUCACAGAAGACCAUGAAACGGUCUCCAGCCCCCUCCUCUUCCUCUCCCAGAAUUCCCCUGCGGACUUCCUCCAGCCUGUUAAAAUUCAGCUCCCGCUGCCAUCAGGGGUCACAGGUCUAACCUUGGACCGUUCCAGAGUCCAUCUGUUACAUGGGGACAUAAAUGCUCAGAAUUGGGAUGAUAUCACGGAUCAGGUGGUGCUGGAGUUCACCCAUCUUUAUGCUUUGUUUGAAGUCACACACUUCUCCUGGUACUGGUUAUGGUGCACCACCAAAUCCUAUAUUGGAGGCAUUGCCAGAAAGGUGUAUAAAAGACUGCGCAUGUACCAAGUAAACUUUAUCGCUUUGCAAAGGAAGAAAGACCCAGAACAAGUCCUGCUGCAGUGUGUCCCAAAGCACAAGGUUGAUCCUGUUUUGAAAAAGCUUCAGGACAGAUAUCGAGGUCCUGAACCAUCUGAUAUGGUGGAGAUGCUUGAAGGAGAGCAGUUCUUUGCAGCCUUUGAACGAGGCAUCAGCAUCGAUGCAGAUCGACCAGACUGCAUUGAUGGAAGGAUUUCAUUCAACUUCUUCUCACAUUUGAAAAACGUGAAGGAAGUAUAUAUCACCUCUGAAGUGGACAGGAAAAGCACUGCUGUGAAAGGGCAGGUUUCCUUUUACCGAGGAGCUGUUCCUGAAAACAUUCCAGAAGAGGUUAGCAAGAGGAGAAAAGGCCCAGAUUCUCAUUGGCUAGCUACCUUGCCAAUCAAGCUACCUAAACUGAAAUCUCAGGGAAAUGAGCAACCUACGACCUCAAAUGGCUUCUCUCUUCCCCCUCUGAAUUUGGGGAAUGCAGAAACUGGUUACCUCACACAGUCCAAUCUACUUGGCAUUGCUGGGCGCAUAGGAGCAGAUUGGCAAACCAUAGGCUUACACCUGGGGUUGUCCUACCAGCAGAUUCAGAGGAUUCAGUACAACAACAGGGAAGACCUCAAUACUCAGAUUCUGGAUAUGCUCUUCUCUUGGGCUCAGCAAAAUGAAAAGAAGGCCGACUGCGUAGACCAGCUGAUCCACGCCAUGAAGGAGAGCGACCGCCAAGACAUAGCCGAUGAAAUCAUGGCCAUAAUUGCACUGGGAAAACAAAAAUACAGGGAGUCCAUCCGGAGAGUGGGCCUGGGCCAAGAGAGUAGCACUGAAGAUUCAGCUAUUGCCAUGAUGUAGCUGUCAGCAAAAGGCCACCAUCACUGUGUUACCAUAAUGUGCCAGUGGCCUGCCGGAGCCACAAGAAGAACUGGCAGAGGAUCAGCAUAUUCCUGUCCGUUCCAAAGGCAAUGGUUGUCAAUACCCUGCUUCUAGCCCUUUGCCCUGGCUAAUUAAAGCCUGGAUUGGGUCAAGACCCAACACAUAUCUUCGUCAUGAUGACUGGAAAUGGGAAUGCCCUGCUGGAUAGGGAACAGCAUCACCAGACUGGAGACAAUAUGGUUUCUCAGUGUUUUGUAUCAUUAAUUAAUUUAUUUCUAGCCCUACUUGCUAAGAUUUUGUUUAUUUUAUGCAUAUACUGCAUUUGUUAUGGCAUCAAAUUGCUGCCUGUUGUAAGGCCACCCUGAGUCACCUUCAGGGUGAGAAGGAUGGGGUACAAAUGUGGUAAAUAAAUACUGCUUAGGAAAGCAUCCCUUUCUGGGGUGUGUUGCCAAGUGCAAGGUGAUGAAGGGAGCAGGGUAGUUGAUUCCAUGCCUUUGUGCCCUAGUGAUCCUUAGUCUGUUGUUUAGCACCAGAGACUUACAUGUCUUUCUAUUCAGGAUUAUAGAGGAUUGAUGUCCUGCUUCAAUUUCAGACAUGUCCUGCCCCCAUUGGACUGAUCGUGUUGUAAUGUGGGAUCAGCUUUUCAGUGUCUUUAAUGAUUUCUCUUACUGCAGAGAUAAUGAAGCAUCGGUGUGAGCUGUGGCACCACUCUUGCUGCAUUCAUGCAGUGGUUUCCCAGUUCCAACUAUAGCAUGGUAUUUUGCAUUGUCAAAGGAACUGCAUACAUAAGAGCAUAGUGUCUAGAUCCAGGGAAGUCAUGCUACUCCUCUAUUCUGCCUUGGUUAGACCACUAUACCUGGAAUCACACUGUGUCCAAUUCUGGGCACCACAAUUGAAGGGAGAUGUUGACAAGCUGGAAUGUGUACAGCGGGGGGUGUUAUGGUUAUACCUGGGUGUUUUUUUCAUGGCAAAUCUCCUUUCUUGUUGUUUGAAAUAAUAAUAAGCCCUUAAUUAUUUAACAGCGCCCCUGGAGGCGCAGUGGGUUAAACCACUGAGCUGCUAAACUUGUUGACCAAAAAGUCGCAGGUUUGAAUCCGGGGAGCGGCAUGAGCUUCCACUGUCAGCCCCAGCUUCAGUCAACCUAGCAGUUCCAAAACAUGCAAAUGUAAGUAGAUCAAUAGGUAAAAGCACAGCGGGAAGGUAAAAGCACUCCAUGCAGUCAUGCCAGCCACAUGACCUUAGAGGUGUCUAUCGACAACACUGGCUCUUCAGCUUCGAAAUGGAGAUGAGCACUAGCCCCCAGAGUUGGACAUGACUGGACUUAACGUCAGGGGAAAAUGUUUACCUUUAAUUAUUUAACAAAAUUAAAAUGCUACAAGCCACCAACCUUCAGUAUAAAACAAAUCAAAGUAGUGAAACUACAGAGACUCUUUGACUUUAAAAACAAAUAACAAAUACCAGGUACAGCAGAGUGAAAUUAUAUGUUCAAUAAGCCUUUAGUGCCAAAAAUGUGAAGGAAUUACAAGUUAAUUUAUUGAUUUUAAUAACAAUUAUAUAAAAAGUGAAAUCUCUCACUGUGCUGCUGUGAUAGAACUGUAUAAGUCCCAGCUCCUCUAUUUAGGCUGCCCCACCACUAUUUGAGAAUAGUCACUUUUCUGUUAGUUUUACGAAGGUGGAGCUUAAGGAAACCCUUCCUGGUUUGGAUCAAUAAGUUUGCCCAUCCCUUUGCCCGGGGAAAGAGAUCCAUCUUUAGCUUAGGGUUAUUACCACCAGGAAGCAAGAAAUGUCUGUAGUUGGUCCCAGCAAGAUCCAGGCUCGGACAAGCCAUUUCAAGCUAACUAAUCUGGGAACUCAUCCAGCUAUACUGGCCUAUCUCUGAUCAGUGACAGUCUGUGGAAUUUCCAGUGCCUUCAGUGAAGUGCCAGGCCUCAAUAGGAGGGACCUGCUCUCUCUACCUCCGGCCUGGCCACCUUGGGCAUUGGGUGCCCCAGAGGACCAUCUGUUAGAGAAAGUGAGCAAGGGAAACUCAUAUGUCCUUCAUCAUCAUCCACGAUCAGCAACUUCAAGAACAACCAGUUGCCUUCAAACUUUAAGUAUGGACUUUGUUGUGGGGAAAUCAAGAUAGUGCCUGAGUGGCGAUAGGCCCAAGAGCAAUUAAUAAAUUAUCGUUUCUUGAAA